AUGUCUUUUCUUUUGGAGUGGUUUGUGUCUCUUCUGGUAAUCUGGGAAGCCAAUUUUGAAUCUGAAACGGUGGUGAUUAUUGCAAAAACUACCUUGCAUAACGAAAGAUUGUUCAAUGUUCUUACUCCCUCUUACUCCGAUCUCUCUUUUCUACCUGACCACAUUCUCAUUGACCUCUUCCUGAGGACUUUAAGAGCUGGAAAACUGACUGAGAAGAUUCUUAAGCUUUUUAUCUCAACUGGUAAAGAAGAAGUACAUUCACUCAUCCAAGCGCUAAAUAUUAAGCAUGUUCUGAAUCCUGUUCUUCCCACUAGAUGCUCUGAAAGAUUCUGAUUGUCAAUUUCAUUCUAGUAUUGCAAGAGUGCAAAUUCCAGAUUGUUGCUGUAUUUAGGACUACCUAGGUUUCUUACAUUAAUUGAAAUAUCUCGCAAAUGUCUAAAGUAAUGAUCAACGAGA